CCCCAAAAUCCCAAUUACAGCAAAAAAAAGGGCUCCCACGACACCUUCAACUGCUUCCCAAUUACCCUACGUCGAACCCCCAUCUGCUUCGAAAUCAACCCACGAAGAACACCCACCUUGCCCAACACCAUCGCCAUUACUGAUUUCCCCAGACCGCUUCCUCCCCCAAACCCUAGACUCACGCCGCACACCACGCCAGACCACCUCCUCUGCGCCGCCGCAACACCUCGCCAAACCACCCCUGCAACGCCGUCGGACCACCAGGUUAGAGUAGUUGAAGUUGGAGGUGAACAAAUCGGGUUAGGGUUUGAAUCCGAACUGGGUUCAAAAUGGUUGCCUUCAUUCUUGCUGUUGUUUAGGCCUGCUGGUGUCGUAUGGGAGAUUUGUCUGAAGUUCUUCUUUGUGUUCUACAAGUAGAUAGUUUGAUGAUAUAUAGUGCAUCAGGCACAUUAUGUUAUACUGCUAUCGUCAUUUAAAGAACAGUUACAGCAACAUGUUCGUGUCCAUGCAAUGGAAGCAGUCAUGGCUUGUUGGGAGCUAGAACAAUCUUUACAAAGCUUAACAGGUGUAUCACCUGGGGAGGGUACAUGAGCAACAAUGUCCGACGACGAUGAAGAGCAAGUAGACGGUGACACUAACAUGUUUGACAGUGGUCUCGAUGUUUCAGACAGUAUGGGAUUUGGCCUUCCAACUGAAAUUGAGUGUUCUUUAAUGGAAUGGGUUAGGCAAGAGCUCAAACACGAGCUAAAGCAGUCAUGUAAGCAAUGCCUGCGUAGAUAUGUUCUUCAAGGGCAAGCACCAACUGCUUUUCAAGAUAUGAAAGUUGUAGGAUUGGCAGAUGCUAUUGAAGGGAGAGUCAAUGUCAUCUUACACAAUGGACAGAUGCUCAGAUGUACGUUUCGUAUAUACCCUUCUUCAUCAUUGGCAAAUGAUUGCAUUGCAGGGAUGGCUGAGGGACUUGAAGCUAAUUUAUACAAUCACUUUACAGUUCUUCUUUGGGGAAAUUGCGACUCAACGCAUCUAACGUGGCGGAUGACGUGGCAUGAAUAUCAGGCUUAUCUAAUACUCAUAGUAAAUGAUUACUCGGCUAAGUGGGAGAAUGUAAGAUUAAAUAUAUUAUGUUUA